GAAAUUCCCUGAAUAUUUGAAAUGUUUGUGCAUGCAUGUUAGUGUUUCUUUGACACGUGUCUUAUAAACUAGACGCCAGUCGACGUCACUACUGGCGUACUGCCAGCAUUCGAUGAUUUUAGAAUCAGCUGGGCCUGAAAUUUGGCAACUUUACUGUUUUUUAAAUCAUUUAUUCGUGUUCUCACCCCCAAUCAUUGCGAACCUACGGAAAGUACAUCUUUUUUGUACAAGUUAAAAGUGUAUAUAGAACAAAGAGGAGAAGAGGAAGGCAGUAGUACUCGCAGAUAUUCAAAUUGUCGAGCGCAGACAUAUGUUCGCGUCAUUACAGAGUUGUCUAAAUUCAUCUGUAUCAAUAGUACGAACAAAGAAGUUACUCAAGUUUGGUGUCCGUCCUAAAUUCAUCAUUAGAGUAUCCUGGUGCACUGCCGGGUGCUAUUUUCGGUAAGGCCUACCGCUGGCCGUUCGCCUUUUGGUUGCAGUUGAAGUUUUAGUUCGUGAUCGCGUCCCGUGUUAACGGCUGCCGUUCUAUGAAUUGUGCGAAGUGCGUUGACAUUUAACUGUAUUGUGAUUCAUUAUUGCCGAUGGUUGUUCGUCACUGGAGUUAUUAGUGUUUGUUCCUAGCGUGUUCAAUCAGUCCGCGCCGUCUGGAGCAAUUGAACACGCUCGGGUUGAUACAAUAAUAAAUGCAGUGUAGAACGGAGCCGAGUGUCUUGUGUCCGUUGUCUCCAUGGAGGCGGGUCGCGCGCGCUGUAACCGUGACAACCCUCGCUUCAGAUUGUCUUUGGGACUCACGAGCGUCCGUCAUAUAGUCGAUAAACUAGAGGCGGAAUAUACACAGCAAGUGACCAGUGCCAGCAGCUUAGAAGUAGUCAAAUACCAGUCGAACAUCGACAAUACUUUCUACGAUUACGAUGACUUCCCUUUCGGAACGCCGAACGGAAAAGUCUGGAGCAAAUUCGUUGUGAACUUCGGUUCGGCUCUCAGCCGAUGUGUGCCUAGCGUCACCUUCGCGAAUUUUGGAGUACUAUCUAUAGUGACUGCAGUGUUUGCACCGAAGAUGAUAUCUUACCUUGUGCUGUAUCCGUUUUGCAGAUUGGUAUUUGGAACUUUAUAUCCGGCGUAUGCUUCAUACAAAGCUGUGCGGACGAAGAAUUUAAAAGAAUACGUAAAAUGGAUGAUGUACUGGAUAGUGUUCGCACUGUUCACGUGUACGGAAACGUUCACGGAUGUGUUUCUAUCGUGGUUCCCGUUCUACUACGAGGUGAAGAUAGUGUUGGUGCUCUGGCUGCUUUCGCCCGCCACCAAAGGCUCCUCCAUACUGUACCGCAAGUUCGUGCAUCCAGCGCUCUGCAGGAGGGAACAGGAAAUAGAUGAAUACAUCGCCAAGGCCAAAGAUCAAGGUUACCACACCGUGCUCAACUUGGGCACUAAGGGCGUCAACUAUGCCACCACCGUUAUUAUGCAGACCGCUAUUAAAGGAGGCGGUGGUCUAGUCCAACAGUUGCGCAAAAGCUACAGCCUGUCUGACCUGACGGAGUGCGAGCCGCGCGAGGAGCGCGCCGGUGCGGACGAGGCCGACGACGUGCUGGCCGAGCCGAGGCUCGUGCGACGCGCUAUCAAAAGCGGAUUUGCGGCUCGGCGCAGCGCUUCCGAGUCUAACAGUCGUCAGCCGAUGUAUUUCCCAGAAGUGGACGUGGAUGUGAGAAAUACUCGCUCCAGUAGAAGUGAUGAACCAGAUUUUAGCCAUAUAAAAUCAACGGAAGAUAUAAGCUCGGGGUACUCGAGCGCGGACAACUCAGCGUCACUGACGCGCACUGGCUCCAUGGGCGCUGCGGGCGCGGGGCGGUCUCGCGCGCGCACCACACGGACUACCACCAUCACCACCAUCAAGCGUCCGCAGGCGGCUGAGGGUAAUGAAGUCCACAACGAGGAGUUACAAGACGACGAUCCUAAUACUUAUACAGAUAUGCCUUCUCUUGUCAACAUAUCAUCGUCCUGUCUUUAUUUAUCUCAUACAAAUCCUCCAUUUAUUUACCAGUAUGAUGGUGACCAGGUCAAAAUUUUACAAGUAUUAGGUCAGUUGCCUACUUCUGAGGAAUUAAGUUCAAAGGUUAAUCCAUCUGAUCAAAUGGACCAAAAUAAUAUAUCCACGGAGGAAAAAAUCAAAGAAAAUAGUCCUCAAAAUUUUGCUUUAGAUAACAUUUCGAAUAAUGAUUCCACAACAAAUACUUCCCAAAAUAUUGAAAUUAAUCAACAAAAACACGAUACAGAUAACAAUGUAGGGCUUACUAAAGUUGAUUCAGAAGUAGAGGGCGCUGAUAGCUUGUCAAAAGACAAACCUAGUUCUGAAUUUUCUCAAGUAAACAAUGAUACUCUAAAUGACACUACAACUAACAUUAAAUCCAUCGAAAAAGAACAUAAUAAUGAACAAGACACAAUAGAGAAUGAAAAUUUACCAAUAAAUAAUUCGGGUGAAACUGAUAACUAUUCAUCAGACGAUGAAGCUUCUUUUGGCACACCCAAUGAGUCGCCGAAAUCAAAUAGAAAAUAUGCCAAAGGUAAAUAUGGUAAAAAUAAAGCUCCGUUGCCACCUUCAACAGAAAUUAUAAAUACUUGUCCUAAAGACGUUUUUGACAGUACAAAUAUAAUGAAAAAAGAAAUAUUAGAAGAUGACAGGGAUUUAAAAGAAGAAAACAUGAAAAUUAAGGAGGAGACAAAUUCAAUACCUGACACUCUGAGUCCCACAAGUGAAAUAAAAAAACGUCAACAAUCCAAAUCACCGAUACGAAUACCCAAACCAAGUGCUUCGGGCUUUGGGAAAUUAUUGCAAUUACCUGGUAAAUUAGCUUUUUGGCAUAAAAACGAUGAUAAAUCCAUUUCUGAUGAUAUUUCGAAUUCUUCAGAUGACAAAAGUAGAAGUUCAUCAAUAGGUCACUUAACUGACAAUGUUCCAAGUAAGGAAGAUCCAAGUUUGGCCAGUGAUGAAUCGAAGGAUAUAUCUGAUGGACUAUUAAGACCAAAAUCAUUAGAUGACAUCAGUUUUAAAGAUGCAAUAGAAUCAGAAAAUGAAAUUACAUCGCAUAACAUUAUUGAAAAAAGUGUCAUUCUCCAAAAGCUUAUCGAGGCGAAAAUAGAAAGUCACCCGGAAUAUAAAUUUGUUCCUUUGAAAGAUGAAAUGAAGACCAUAUCAAAAAGUACAGAUGUUUAAUACGAAUGAUAAAUUCGACAGGCCCGAACAGCAAUGCUGUCGGCAUCUGCUACAAUACCGCGCGCAAAAAAGUCUAAUAAAAGGAAAACUCAGUAGGCAAUUUAUU